UGAGUUUUGAGACUUUGCAGAUACUUAUCCCAUCCCUCAAGAACUUCUCCUGCAUUUUCUCUGAAUUUUCACCCUAAAUUUGGAAUCGAAGCAGAAAAUAUUGCAUACAAACAGUCCGGAUUGAGUUCAAACGGCUAAGCCAUACUACCCUAGAAACUCCAAGUCCCGUUCUCUGCUUUCUCAAGCCGGCUCAGCCUGUGGAGUGUGGAGGAUAUAGUCAGAAAUGACUUCAUGAAGCAUGUCCUUCGUGACCUACUCAAUUCUCUCUCAUGCAUAUUACUCUAGCUUCCUCUUCUUCCCCCAUCACUCUCUUUCUCCCUCAAACCUCUCCAUGGCCAAGAAAAUCUAUCUGUAUCUUCCCUUCUAAACGGCCAUGCCGCCAACACCGCAUUCUGAGGCUUUCAGCAAAAUGUUUCUGCAGACCUCCGAAUCUCAUCCGACUAAUGCCCGCCGGUGCUGGCGGAAGAAGAAUCACAGAGGCUUCAAAUGCUCCAAAUUCGUCAGCUAGAGAAGAGAAAGCUCCAACCGCAAAUGUAAAAACCCACUUGCUCAAGCAGAUUGCUAAGCACAUGGCUUUUACUCUGGUUUGUAUUGUCAUUGGCUUAUGUCCCAUUACUGGGUUUCAAUAUUCUGCAAUUGCGGGAGCUCCUGCGACUGCUCAGGUUUCGUCUAGUACCAAACGAAAAGGAAAAGAUACAAUCUUGAAACAGAAAGGUCACAUGUACUCAGAUUACACACGUACGUUGCUUGAGACUGUGUCCGUUCUUGUUAGGUGCAUAGAGGAAGUGAAAUCAGGUAAUGCGGAUAUAGAUCGAGUUCAAGAGACUGUAAAGGAUGUAAAACUAAAGAAGGAGGAGUUGCAAGGGCAGAUAAUGAAUAGACUUUACACCGAGUUGCAUAAACUAAAUACUGAGAAGCAAGAGUUGCUAAAGCGGUCUCUGGAAAUUUAUGACUCGGCCAUGAAGGCAAAGAAGGAAGGUGAGAGCCUAUUGAAGAAGAAAGCUAACGGGGGAGACGUGAAAAGAGAGAAUAUGACAAAGCUGGAGGAGGAAGUGACAGCAGCGGAGAAGGAGUACAAUGAGAUAUUGGAGGCGGUUGAAGAAAUUGAGGAUCAAAUUUCAAGGGCAGAGUUCAUGGCUUUCAGCGUCGGUAUAAGGGAGCUUUCAUCCAUUGAGCGGGAAAGCGAGUCUUUAGCAAAGAACUUCAUUAAGAAAAAGAGAUGGCAUAGUGGAGACAGUGAGGCAAAGGGAUCCCUUACAAAACUGUCUAGAGCUGAUGUACAAAAAGAAUUGCAAAGUGCUCAGAGACUAUUCUUGGAACAGAUGAUACUACCAACAAUAGUCGAAGCUGAGUAUACUGGGCAUAAUUUUGAUCAAGAUUCAGUAGAGUUUGCUCAAUGCAUAAAACGUGUACUAAAAACUUCAAGAGAACUGCAAGGCAAACUAGAGGCUGAUGUGAGAAGAAGCAUGAAGAAAUUUGGCGAUGAAAAGCUUUUUGUUGUAGGGUCCCCUCCAGGUGAAGUUACUAAAGGCUUCCCAGAAGCUGAAUUGAAGUGGAUGUUUGGAGACAAGGAGAUAGUGGUUCCUAAAGCUUCUAAGCUUCGUCUGUAUCAUGGUUGGAAGAAGUGGCGUGAAGAGGCUAAGGCAGAUCUUAAAAGAAAGUUGUUAGAAGAUGCUGACUUCGCUAAAAGUUAUGUUGCUGAAAAGCAGGAAAGGGUUCUUUUGGAUCGAGAUAGAGUAGCAUCCAAGACUUGGUACAAUGAUAAACAAAAAAGAUGGGAAAUAGACCCCAUGGCAGUUCCUUAUGCAGUGUCUCGAAAACUUGUAGAGAAUGCGCGGAUCAGGCAUGAUUGGGCUGUAAUGUAUAUUACAUUGAAGGGAGAUGAACAUGAAUAUUUUGUUAAUAUUAAGGAUUAUGAUAUGCAUUUCGAAAAUUCUGGAGGGAUUGAUGAGUUGUAUCUCAGAAUGCUGGCCUCUGGUAUUCCGACUUCUGUCCAGCUUAUGUGGAUCCCUUUCUUUGAAUUGGAUAUUCGCGAACAGUUUCUCUUGAUACUGAGAGUUUCUGAGCAAACCUUUACUGCCUUCUGGAAUUUUCGUUUUGUAUCAUAUGCAAGGGAGUGGGCCCUGAAGAAAAUCAGAAAUAUAACUGAUGACAUCAUGAUGAUGAUAGUGUUUCCCAUUGUGGAGUUUGUUAUUCCGUACCCUAUUAGGAUGCAGUUGGGUAUGGCUUGGCCUGAAUACAUAAAUCAAACUGUGGGUUCAACCUGGUACUUGAAAUGGCAGUCUGAGGCAGAAAUGAGUUUUAGAUCCAGAAAAACAGAUGAUUUCAAAUGGUUUAUUUGGUUUGUAGUUCGAAGCGCUAUAUAUGGGUACAUAGUACUCAAUGUUAUCCGAUUUAUGAGGAGAAAGAUUCCUAGACUGCUUGGUUAUGGACCUCUUCGUAGCAAAGAUCCCAAUUUUAAGAAGUUGGAUCGAGUGAAAUCAUAUUUCAAGCACAGAGUAAGAAAGAUAAAAAGCAAGAGAAAGGAUGGAGUUGAUCCCAUAAGUACCGCUUUUGAUCAAAUGAAGAGGGUGAAGAAUCCCCCUAUAUGCUUGAAUGAUUUUGCUAGCGUUGAUUCAAUGAAAGAGGAAAUUAAUGAAGUUGUGGCAUUUCUACAAAAUCCCAAAGCAUUCCAAGAAAUGGGUGCUCGUGCCCCUCGGGGAGUUCUUAUUGUGGGUGAACGGGGAACUGGGAAGACAUCUUUAGCACUGGCUAUAGCUGCAGAAGCUAAGGUGCCUAUUGUAGAGGUGAAAGCUCAGCAGUUGGAACCAGGGCUUUGGGUUGGACAAAGUGCAUCAAAUGUUAGGGAACUGUUUCAAACAGCAAGGGAUUUGGCUCCCGUUAUCAUUUUUGUUGAGGAUUUUGAUCUAUUUGCUGGAGUUCGGGGCACGCUUCUUCACACCAAGAAGCAGGAUCACGAAGCUUUUAUUAAUCAACUCCUUGUCGAACUUGAUGGGUUUGAAAAGCAGGAUGGGGUGCUUUUAAUGGCUACAACCCGUAAUUUGAAGCAAAUUGAUGAGGCCUUACAACGUCCUGGGCGGAUGGAUAGGGUAUUUCAUCUCCAGAGGCCAACUCAGUUAGAAAGAGAGAAGAUACUCAAAGUCGCUGCAAAAGAAAACAUGGAUGAGGAACUUAUUAAUUAUGUAGAUUGGAGAAAGGUUGCUGAGAAAACUGCUCUAUUGCGUCCAAUAGAGCUUAAACUUGUUCCAAUGGCUUUGGAAGGUAGUGCAUUUAGGAGCAAAUUUGUUGAUGUUGAUGAGCUUUUGAGUUACUGUAGCUGGUUUGCGACCUUUAGCUGUCAUAUCCCAAGAUUUGUCUGGAACAGCAAAAUUGUGAAGAACGCAAGUAAAAUGCUAGUGAAUCAUCUUGGGCUGACAUUGACGAAAGAAGAUCUGCAGAGUGUGGUUGAUUUGAUGGAACCAUAUGGACAGAUUAGCAAUGGGAUGGAAUUAGCAAAUCCUCCUCUUGAAUGGACAAAAGAAACAAAAUUUCCCCAUGCUGUCUGGGCAGCUGGUCGUGGUCUGAUUGCAUAUCUUUUGCCAAAUUUUGAUGUGGUGGAUAACAUAUGGCUUGAACCUCUCUCCUGGGAGGGAAUUGGGUGUACUAAGAUUACCAAAGCUAAAAAUGGAGGUUCACUGAAUGGAAAUGUUGAAUCAAGAUCUUAUCUUGAAAAGAAACUUGUUUUCUGCUUUGGUUCAUAUGUAGCUUCACAACUGUUACUUCCAUUUGGGGAAGAAAAUAUACUUUCUUCUUCAGAGUUGAAGCAAGCGCAAGAGAUAGCUACAAGAAUGGUGAUUCAAUAUGGUUGGGGCCCUGAUGGUAGUCCAGUUGUAUAUCACCAUGCCAAUGCGGCUACGCCUUUGAGUAUGGGAAAAAACCACGAGUAUGAGAUGGCGACUAAAAUUGAAAAGAUGUAUGACUUAGCAUAUAAUAAAGCGAGAGGGUUGCUCGAGAAGAAUCGUUCGAUAAUGGAAAAGAUUGUGGAAGAAUUAAUAGAGUACGAAAUUCUGUCAGGAAAGGAUUUGGAAAGAAUUUUUGCUGAGAAUGGUGGGAUACAGGAGAAAGAACCGUUUUUCCUUUCUAAUAAUCAUGAACAGCAUUCAGUCACUAGAGACAAUCUUGAAAAUGGGAGUGCAUUACUAAUUGCUGCAAACUAACAAACUGGGAACCUCAAUGGACAUCAUAACUUGGCUUCUUUUUGAGAGAAGGAUGGAAAAGAAGAUUGAUUGAAUCUCUGUGGUGAAUUGCGAUCCAUCUGGGAAGUUUAUCGAAAAAAGGCAGAGUUGAAAUAUGAAGUAGUGUUCUUUCUUUUACAGUCUCUGCUGUUCCGGAUUUUGGAUUGGUAGAUUUCUUAUGAACUUUAAGAAAAAAGCUGUAUAGGCGUUAUAAUGAUUUAUAGAGGUGUCUGUUUAUUUUAUUUUUAGGCUUAAAGUUAUUUAUGUAUCUCAUUGAAUAAGGAUAAUGAUUAUGAACGCCCAUUAUUGAAUGGGCCACAAUUUUUUUUCUCAAAAACUUAGAAAGCUAAAGGGAGAAAUAACUACUUUUAUUUAUUACUCAA